AUGACGCAGCUCAGCAUCAACCAAGUGCUCAACAGCGACCUCACAUUAAACGAAGCUCAAGUCGAAGCGUACGCCAAGCUCGGCAUUGGCUCGUACCUCAACUCGCCAUUUGCGGGUGGCCCGAAGAACGCCAAGUACGGCUGGAACGCGACCGAGUGGCGCGAUAUUCUCGGCCGCAUCCAAGCCAUUCAUCGCAAGAUCGAUCGUCACCCGAUCCUCUUUGGCCUCGACUCGGUCCACGGCGCCAACUACGUGGCCAACGCCGUGCUCUUCCCGCACCAGAUCAACGCCGGCGCGAGCUUCAACCGCCGCCUCGUCAAGGAGCUCGGGUUUUACACAGCGCGAGAUACCGCCGCCGCGGGCAUUCCGUGGAUCUUUGGCCCGAUCCUCGACGUGGCGUCGCACAAGGCGUGGCCGCGCGUGUACGAGACGUUUGGCGAAGACCCGUUUUUGGUCACGCAGAUGGCGUCCCAGAUCGUGCACGCGAACGCGUCGAUCGUUUCUCACGGGCCCGCCAUCGACAGCAUCGGGCACCUCUGUGGUGGCUGGUCGCUUGCGUGGCAAGGCAACGGCGGCAACGACAUGUUUCCGCACGGGCAAUCGGUGCUCGCAGCGCUGAAGACGGCCGUUUACGUCCCGACGGACAUGGCCGAGGCGACGCGUCUCGCGGGCCAAGCAGCGUACACACUCGUCGUGCUUGGUGAAGGUCCGUACGCGGAGAAGCCCGGCGACAUCCACGAUUUGGCCCUUCCCGACGGCCAAGUCGCGUAUGUUCGCGCCCUCGCCGCGACCAAGACCAAGCUCCUUCUCGUGCUCGUGGAAGGCCGGCCUCGGCUGCUGCAGGGGCUGCCCGACCUCGCCUCUGCCGUCCUGCACGCCAUGCUGCCCGGUGAGAUGGGCGGCGCUGCGAUCGCGAGCGUGCUUCUCGGAGCGAGAACCCCAGUGGCCGGCUGCCCGGUGACAUACUACCACCGGCGCAACGCGGGGUGCAAUACCAACGGCCUCUUUGGCGAGUGCGCGCCCGAGUGGGCCUUUGGGAGUGGGCUGAGCUACACGCGCUUUACGUACAGCGACGUGUCCGUGCUCGUCGGCGAGCACCACGCGCUCACGAUCACUCUGGCCGUUCAAAACACGGGCGACCGCGACGGCGACCACGUCGUGCUGCUGUUUCUGCGCCAGGAAGCCCGUCGAGGCAACGCGCCCGAGACCAAGCGCCUCGUGUUCUUUGAAAAGUUGGCCGUCGCAGCCGGGAGUGCCAAGGUCGUGCGCGCCGAGCUCCGUGCCAAAGACUGGGGCAUUUACACCAAUGAAGUGGGCCACGGUCUCGAAAAACACGUGUCGCCCGGUGCGUACACGCUGCUCGUCUCCGAGGCGGCCGACUGCGCCAAAGGACAGUGCGUGCGCUUUAGAGCAGGUGUGCAUGGCACGUACACGCCGACGACGACGGUGCAAGUGGCGGCGCAAUCCCACGUUGCGUCCGUCUUGCGUUACCACAUGUCUUUGUAA